ACGGAUUUUUUGCGAGUCAUUGUAUGGCAUUAAGGUCCCUACUGGCUACUCAUCGAAUAUGAAGCGCUUUGUUACCUUAAAUGGUGAGUUGAAGUUAUCGAGUAUGAAAUCGCACGAUUGUCAUGUCAUGAUGCAAGUAUUCUUACCGAUUGCAAUUCGUGGGAUACUUCCAAAGCAUGUGAGGCACACCAUUACAGAACUGUGUUCAUUUUUUCAUUCAAUCUGCAGCAAAGUCCUAGACCCGUCGACCCUCGAUUCCUUGCAGACUAGAGUAGUUGAAACUCUAUGCAAAUUUGAGAUUAAUUUUGUGGCUGAGUAUUUUGCUAGUGUUGAUCCUGUUGGACUUCCGACAUCCCGACACGAGGGCAGACUUGAGGGCAAGGGUACAAUUGGUUCAAAAUUGAUCACACCUUCCGUAGAAAAGCGUAAACAAGCUCACUUAUUUGUAUUGCAUCACGUACCAGAUGUCCAUCCUUAUUUAAGUGAACAUAUGGAGGAAUUACGUGUUAGCAAUCCUGGAAAAGGAGUGAGGGCAUUGACGCAAAUGCAUAACAAGACUUUCAUUGAUUGGUUUCAUAAACGAGUACUCAAUGAUUUGGAUGAAAGUGUUCCUGAAACAGUCAAGUGGUUAGCAUUUGGUCCUCGUGAAGCUGUACGCUCUUAUGAGGGUUAUGAUAUUAAUGGGUAUACUUUUUGGACUGAACGUCAAGAUCUCAAGUCAAGAUCGCAACAAAAUAGUGGUGUUUCACUUGUGGCGUCGUCUACACAAUAUGCAAGCUCGAAAGAUAAGUCGCCUGUACAUGCUGAAAGCAACUACUAUGGGCGAAUACAAGAAAUCUGGGAGCUGGACUACUGUACAUUUAAUAUUUGCCUCUUGUGUUGCACGUGGGUUGACAAUAAUCGCCGUUGUGUAAGAAACGAUGAUCCUUGCGGUUUCACCCUUGUUGACCUUAGUCGUUUACGUGAAACUGAGGAGCCAUUUGUAAUUGCAUCACAAGUGAAGCAAGUAUUUUUUGUAACUGAUCCUGCUGAUCAUAAGUGGUCAAUUGUUGUACCUGGUAAAAGGAGUAUCCUCGGUAUUGGUGAUGUUGAUAAUGAGGAAGAAUAUGAUGCAUUUGAGGACCUCCCCCCUUUACCUAUCCUGAAAUUCGUGUGGAAGAUGAUGUAAAUA